GAAUUCCCGAAAGAUGGCGGCGGCGCCUCCGGAUGAGGCUAGCCUGCAGUCUCGCAUCAACAAAGCCACCAACCCCUUAAAUAAGGAGACAGACUGGGACAAUAUCAAGGGAUUCUGUGAUCAGCUCAACAAUGAACCAGAAGGUCCCCAGCUGGCAACCAGACUUCUGGCCCACAAGAUCCAGUCUCCCCAGGAGUGGGAGGCUAUGCAAGCGCUUUUGGUUCUUGAGACGUGCAUGAAGAAUUGUGGAAAGCGAUUUCACACUGAAGUGGGAAAGUUUCGCUUUCUCAAUGAGCUCAUCAAAGUGGUGUCCCCCAAGUAUUUGGGAGCCCGGGCUCCAGAGCCAGUGAAGAACAAAGUGUUAGAAGUAAUGUACAGCUGGACGGUGAGGAUGCCUGAAGAGACCAAGAUAGCAGACGCUUAUCAGAUGCUGAAAAAACAGGGCAUUGUCAAGCUGGAUCCUGUUCUUCCUGAUGACAAGCCCCUCCCCCCUCCUCCACCCAGAGCCAAAAAUGUCAUCUUUGAGGAUGAGGAGAAGUCCAAGAUGCUGUCUCGCUUAUUGAACAGCACUCACCCAGAAGAUCUAAGAGCAGCAAACAAGCUCAUUAAGGAAAUGGUCCAGGAGGACCAGAAGCGUGUUGAGAAGGUAUCAAAGCGAUUGAACGCCAUCCAGGAGGUGAAGGAGAGUGUCAGCCUGCUGAGCCAGCUGCUGGAGGGCUACAGCAAGGAGAGCUGCUCCCACAGCAACCAGGAGCUCAUUAAGGAUCUUUACCAGCGCUGUGAAAAGAUGAGGCCUACAUUAUUCCGAUUAGCAAGUGAUACAGAGGACAGUGAUGAAGCCUUAGCGGAAAUCCUGCAGGCCAACGACAGCCUGACGCAGGUCAUCAACCUGUACAGACAGCUAGUGAAGGGAGAGGAUGUGUCAAAGGAUGACAUCACCACGCCUCCACAAUCAGGUAGCAGCAGCUCAGCACUUGUAGACCUGAUGGGACUCAACGCAUCAGCCAACCCAGAGCCCUCCAGCCUCCAGACCCUGACUCAGAAUGUAGGCAUCAGCCUCUUGGAUGAUGAGCUCAUGUCACUGGGACUGAAUGUAACGGAAAACUUGGACUCUCACAACACUUUCCAGGUGCAAGUUUCCUCUGAUGGGACAGAAUUGACUACUACAUCAGUCCCUGCUGCAGUGCUGCUACCAGCUGUGGUCCAAACACCGCAGGCUCCACCAGCAGGGGGCCCCGCUGCUCCUCCUAAACCCAUGGAAGAGCUGGACAUGUUGGGGAAGACAUUGUUACAGCAGUCCCUACCACCAGAGAGCCAGCAAGUCAAAUGGGAUAAACUCCAACCUCAAUCCAGAGUCACCCUACGAGAUAUGCAGACCAAGUCCAACGCCAACUCUAGACCCACUCCUAAUGCAACCACGUCCAGCCUGUCCCUCCAUCCAGAGCAGCCGGACACUCUCCUCCUCUCCAAUCUCAGUGUCACAUCUGCUGAGAAAGGCUCGUUAGCUGCUGCUGACCCCUACGACAGCAUCUCUCUUGCUGAUGUUUCUGUGCCUCUGGAAGCAAUCAAACCCAGUAGCUUAUUACCAGUGACUGUAUUCGACAAACACAGUCUCCGGGUUUUGUUCACCUUUGCCCGCGACUGUCCUCCAUCACGGCCUGAUGUGCUGGUGGUGAUCAUCUCCAUGCUGUCCUCCGCCCCCAUUCCUGUCACCAACAUCCGCUUUCAGGCAGCCGUCCCCAAGGUGAUGAAAGUGAAGCUGCAGCCUCCCUCUAGCACUGAGCUCCCAGCUUUCAAUCCCAUCCUGCCUCCAGCUGCCGUCACACAAAUCCUGCUGUUGGCAAACCCUCACAAGGAAAAAGUACGUUUGAGGUACAAGCUGACGUUCAACCUGGGGGACAAAUCUCACGAUGAAUCCGGCGACGUGGACCAGUUUCCGCCUCCCAACACCUGGGGGAACCUUUAGUGGGAGCGACGCCGACCUUCUGUCAUCUGUUCUGCUGCUUCCUUUAGAUUUAGGUUGAAGUUGUCCCUCAUCGCUGGCUCGAGGCCACACGGCCUCUUUACACUUUCAAACUCUGGUUUGGUGAUCAAACCGACAGGAGAGCGGCUGUGGGAACCAGCUUCGACCUUGUGCCUUCCUUCGCAGCCUUCAUGUCCUUAUUCCAUCAUCUCCAUGUUCCUGUGUUUCAUAGCUACUUUUAUUUCUUUUUUUUCUUCUUCCAACAAUCAUUCCAGCGCAAAACUAUAAAGCAAACUGUCAGAAACUUUGAUUCAAUGCAGUGACUUUUGGGGGAAAACGAGUUGAGCCUUUUAAAAACCGAAUGUGUGCAUUUGUCUCAUUUACAUACUGUUUAAUAAUCCUCCAAGAGGUCAUGUGAAUUACAUGGAA